AUGGGUUUCAUCUACUCCCAACUCCUUGCUUCGCUUCCAUCGCCCACAUAUGACUACACAGGAAAGACAGUCAUCGUCACAGGCUCUAAUGUCGGUCUCGGCAAGGAAGCGGCACGACACUUCACGCGCCUUGGAGCAUCCACGGUGAUCCUCGCAGUACGCUCGAUCGAGAAAGGUGAAGCAGCAAAACGCGACAUUGAGUCCAGCACACGUAAACAAGGCGUUGUCCAAGUAUGGCAGCUCGACAUGUCGUCCUACCAGAGCGUUCUUGACUUCUCAGCCAAGGCAUCAAAAGAUCUUGACCGACUCGACGUCGCGCUGCUCAAUGCCGGCGUUGCACGAGGCGUUUGGGAAGAAGCCGAAGGCGAAGAAUCCACCAUCACUGUUAACGUGAUCUCGACAUUUCUCCUCGCCCUCUCGCUACUACCCAAGAUGAAAUCCACCGCCUCGAAAUACAACACCCGGCCCAAUCUCACUAUUACCUCAUCCGAAGUCCACGCCUGGGCCGCUUUUGAAGAGCGCAAAGCUCCCGAAGGCAAGAUAUUCGAGACGCUCUCUUCCAACGAGAAAACAGGCGCCAUCAGCGAUCGCUACAUGGUCUCCAAGCUGCUCGAAGUGCUCACCGUGCGCGCCAUCGCCGAGCAGAAACCCGCGCCGCAGAUUCCCGUCACGAUCAAUAACGUCAACCCCGGCCUCUGCCAUAGCGAGCUCGGGCGUGAGGCGGGCUGGGGACUGACGAUCUUGAAGAUGUUUCUGGCACGCAGCACGGAGGCCGGAAGCCGUAAUCUGGUACAUGCAGCGUCGAUGGGCCCAGAAUCGCACGGUCAGUAUGUGAGUGACUGCAUGGUGCAGCAGCCGUCGAAGUAUGUGAUGAGUGCAGAGGGUUGGAAGGAUCAACAGAGGGUGUGGGGCGAGCUGGCGGAGAAGCUGGAACGCAUUCAGAAGGGCGUGACGAGUAAUUUGUAA